AUGGAAAACUCUGCGACUUCCGACGCUUUCCAGCACGAACUCGAAGACUAUAUUAGGAGGCAGAAAGCCAGAGGGUUGCGACCAGAGACCUGCUUUAAGAAGGUGACAGCGGGCUGUGCGUGCGGAGGGAGGCACCGCACUGCGCCCGAACCCCCGGUGCUGGAGCCCGGACUCCCCUCGAGGAGCGCCCACGCGUUCCCGGGUUCCCACACAAGGCUGACAACAGUGGGCAGCCCGGUACCCCGAUGGCCCAAGAUCCAUCGCCCCGCACCACGCCUGGAAUCUCUAAUCCACGGUCAGAAAAACCACUAUUUCUUCAAAAACGCGUGGCUUCCAAGCCCACCUGCGCGAGGCGGGACCCCCGGCCCCCACGCAGCACGAGGCGGAGAUGCUGCCGGCCGCCGCCUCCGGGAGGGCCGCCCGCGCGCGCAUCAGGCCGGCGAUCGGGACCAUCGGGACCGAGGCCGGAGGAGAAGGUCCGGGGAGGAGGGCGGCGACCUCGGCCGGGAGCGCGGAGCAAAGCGGCGGCAGAAGAAGCGUGGUGCGGAGGGAGAGGCCUGCAGAGAGGAGGGGAGAAGGGCGGAGGGGGCGCCAGGGAGCGAGGAAAAGCGAGAAGGUGGGAAGACCGACGGAGAGCAGGGCGCCCCCAAGAGGAGAAGCCGGUCCCGCAGAGAGAAGCAGCCCCCAGGGAAGGGAAGCGCGCAGGAGAGGGGCCUGUGGGACCUGUGGGAUGAAGCGAUCCUGGGCAGCUGCUGCUGA